CAAUAAUCUGUUGUGACGACAUUAAUCCCUACACUACAAAAAGCUCGGUGCCGCUGGUCCUGCACACAGACACCCCACACUUCCUCGCCAACGACUUGACGUCUCACACAGAUCGUCCUGACCCCCGCGUGAAGAGCAGCAGACAUGGCUGUCGUCAGUGGAACUUACCGCAUGGUGUCGGAGGAGGAGCAGGCUCUCCGGGCCAAGCUGGAGCGCCUCACCGUCAAGGACCACGGUCCAGUGUUCGGACCCAGCCCCAGCCUGCCAGACCACACCCGACAGAAGGCCAAAGACGAGCUGAACGAGACGGACGAGAAGCGCGUGUCGGCGGUGAAGGAGCUGCGAGGCAUCAUGAAGGAGAAGGCGGACGCAGGGGACGAGCUGGCCAAGGGGGUGCAGGACACUUUUGGGGAGAAACCCGACAGCAUGCUAGUCCGCUUUAUCCGGGCCAGGAAGUACGACGUCCCCAGAGCCUUUGAACUCUUGAAGGGUUACGUGCGCUUCAGGAAGGAGUACCCCGAGCUCUUUGAGAACUUGACUCCAGAGGCCGUACGCAGCACCAUCGAGGCCGGCUACCCCGGCAUCCUGCAGAGCCGAGACAAGUACGGCCGCGUGGUUCUGCUCUUCAACAUCGAAAACUGGGACUACGAGGAGAUCACCUUCGACGAGAUCCUGCGGGCCUACUGUGUCAUCCUGGAGAAACUUCUGGAGAACGAGGAGACUCAGAUCAACGGCUUCUGCAUCAUUGAGAACUUCAAAGGCUUCACCAUGCAGCAGGCGUCCGGUAUCAAACCCACGGAGCUCAAGAAGAUGGUGGACAUGCUGCAGGACUCGUUCCCGGCUCGUUUCAAAGCGGUGCACUUCAUCCACCAGCCGUGGUACUUCACCACCACCUACAACGUGGUCAAGCCCCUCAUGAAGAGCAAGCUGUUGGAGAGGGUCUUUGUGCACGGGGACGAGCUGGAGAACUACUACAAGGAGUUCGAUGCCGAUAUUCUUCCCUCAGAGUUUGACGGGAAGGCGGCCAAAUACGACGGCAAAGCCACGGCGGCCAAGUUGUUCGACUAAACGCUUCUUUUUGUUCAGAGUCCCAUUAAAACUCCAUAGACUGCUGAGAGUGUGAGCAAGGAUGACUUCUUUUUCUUCUUUUUUUGGGUGGGGUCCUGACAAAGACUAAAGCGCCUUUUGACUAACCGGACCUUGUAUUGUACCAACACUGCGCUGAAGCCACUUUUAUCAGUUAACGGGUGUCAAAGUGUGGCACAGGGACCAUUCACAGUCCGCACCCUGAUCUUUACUGGCCUGUGCCAUCAGCGACCUGAAAACAUAGCUCUCACCCGAAAACAUCAGGAAGCAUAAUUUAAGUCAAAAUACCACACAAAUCUGUGUUAUGCAGGCUCCAUCUGGUUGUACGCCAAAUAACCACCUAAUUAAGUGUUACCGUUCAAACUGUGUGUAAUGUUACAGGGGCCAAAAAUAUUAAAUAGACUUGUUGAAUAAAACCUCUGCCCUGUUUUUAAUAAAUACUUAGGCCCACUGCGCUACUGUUGGUCAUUAAAAGCAUUGUCUGAAGUUGUUCUUUUAGAGAACCACCAGCUUAGAGCAUGUUGACGUACUUUAAUUGGUUUGAGCCGGUUCAAUAAGCUUUAAGGCUAAGUUUGGACCCCUCCAUUCUAGUAAAUAAAUAAAUGAUAAAUGGGUUGUACUUGUAUAGCGCUUUUCUACCUUCAAGGUACUCAAAGCGCUUUGACACUACUUCCACAUUUACCCAUUCACAAACACAUUCACACACUGAUGGAGGGAGCUGCCAUGCAAGGCGCUAACCAGCACCCAUCAGGAGCAAGGGUGAAGUGUCUUGCUCAGGACACAACGGACGCAACGAAGUUGGUACUAGGUGGGGAUUGAACCAGGGACCCUCAGGCUGCGCACGGCCACUUUUCCUACUGCGCCACGCCUUUUAAGGAGCCUAAUUUGCACGAUAACAACAAAAAUUGGACCACUGGACCAGUUUUCUCUACUUCCAUGGUUUAGUUUAGAACACGUGCCUCACACUCGCAAGUGAAUGAGAAUUCAAUAUGGAUCAAUUUGAACAAAUCUUUAGUUAUUUGUUAGGACUAUUAAAAAAAUAAAAUCUGUGGUGCUCCCAAGGACCACUCGAUUAAGCGUGUGUACUAAUAGUGAUACAAAAACCCAUCCAUCCAUUUUUUACCGCUUAUGCCUUUCGGGGUCGCUGGACCCUAUCUCAGCUACAAUCGGGCGGAAGCCGGCGUACACCCUGGACAAGUCGCCACCUAAAAAUCAGUCAUUUAAAAUAUCAUCCAUUCCUUUAUCAUCAAUAAAUGUCAUAUUUGGUCUUGGGCUUUUUCUGGACCCCUUGAGCACCCACUCCCUCUAAACAGGCUAUUAUUUUGUGGUGAAAGUGUUCAAUAAGUGUCUGCUUGUGUCUGUUCUUCUCUGCAAUACUCUCAAUAUUACUGUUACCCAUUGUGCUACCUGCUGUACCAGUUGAUGUACAAUAAAAUGUACUGUAUAUAUAAA